AUGCUUUCCAAUUCUAUAAAAAAUAAUAUAAAAAAAAAGGCAUUGUUAUUACGUAUUAUGACUCUUAGAAGAGAUCCAUCUUCUAUAAUAAAAAAGACUAGUAAUGAAACAUUUAAAAGAGUCGAGCAGAAAAAAGUAAAAGAACCUUUAACAGUUGAAAAAGAGGAUUUGCCCAAAGGUUAUACUACAUCUUGGAGGAAUGAAGAAACAUUACCUGGUUGGUUAAAGCACAGGUUUGCGAUUAAAGAAAAAAUUGGAUUUCAACCUUGGAGACCAAAAAAAAGAUUAUCAAGAGAAGUCAUGGAUAAAAUACGUUAUAUGAACCAACAGUUACCUGAAGAGUAUACAAUAGAAAAACUCUCUUCUACAUUUAGAAUUUCACCUGAGGCGAUUAACAGAAUAUUAAAGUCAACUUUCGUUCCGAAGCGUGAAGUGUCGGAAAGACAAGAAACAAAAUAUCAAGAAAAAUUGAGAAAAUUCAAAGAAAAGGCUAAAUCAGAACAAUUAAGGGAAAAAAUUUUGUUAAAAGAAAGAUCUGAAAAUCGAUUCGAUGUCAAAAGAAACAGAAAUAUAUCUCUGUAUAAAAAUAAAGAAUAUAAAUAA